CGAAUUAUUUAAAUUAUCACUAAUAUUUCAUUUUUAUUAAUUAUUUAAAUCAUAAAAAAAAAAACAAAAACUUCAUGGCUCUAUUUAUAUACUUUCUAGUUUAUAAUUAGUCUGAGCAACAACAAUGGCGACGAAGGUGUUAGAGGAGUGUUCCAUCAGCCCCGCCGGACCACCGAUCACCUCACCACCGUCGCCGCCGUCUUCAACAGCUCUCCCUCUAACCUUUCUGGACAUUCCAUGGCUGUUCUUCCCUCCAAGCCGACCUCUCUUCUUCUACAACUUUCCCCAUCCACUCACUCACUUCACCUCCACACUUGUCCCAAAGCUAAAGCUCUCUCUCUCCCUCGCUCUCCGCCACUUCUACCCCUUCGCCGCCGCCCUCCUCCUUCCACCGAUCCCACCUUCCAAACCCCACAUCGUCGCCGGACCUCACGACUCCGUCGAGUUCACCGUCGCCGAGUCCGACUCCGACUUCGACCAGCUCUCCGGGCUUUACAGCCAGAUAGAUGCAGCGGAGCUUCGAGCACUUGCGCCGCCGUUGUUGCCACGUGCCGCACGUGCCAAUAUGGUUCCUCUAAUGGCUGUCCGAGUCACCGUCUUUCCCAACUCAGGGUUUUGCUUAGGACUCGCUCUGAACCAUGUCGUUGCUGAUGCUAGAACCUUCAACAACUUCAUGAAGCUUUGGUCAACGUUUUGCGUUGACCAUCAUCAUGAUCGAUCAUCUUUGCCGUGUUAUGAUCGGACGGUCAUCGUUGAUACACGUGGACUGGAGGGUGUCUUCUUGAAUGAGUGGUGGAAACGAAGAACCCUAUCUUCAUCACCAUCAAGGGUUCUUGACAAUGGUGCUUGUGAUGAUGAACUUGUCCGUACAAGUUUUGUUCUAGGGUUUGGAGAAAUGGACAAGAUCAAGAGUAGGAUCCGAGUCCUUAAUCUUGAACAACAACCAAAACAUUCACAAUUACUAGAUUUAAUAUCUCCCUAUGUUGUCACGUGCGCAUUUUUAUGGGUUUGUGUGCUAAAAACCCAAGAAAGAGUAGGUCAAGAUAGUGCAUUACAUCAUAAUGACGAGGAUCCGAACUAUUUCGGGUUUAUCGCGGGCGGGUUGACCCGGUUUGAGCAUCCGGUCCCGGUCACAUACUUGGGCAACUGUGUAGGGUUCGGGCGAGCGAAGGCGUCGAGGGGUGAGUUAUUGGGAGAGUACGGACUAGUUGUGGCGGCCAGAGCAAUAAAGAGAACCGUGAUUAGGUUGGACGAAGGGUUCUUGGGCGAGGCAGAUAGGUGGAUAUCGGAGUGGGCAGAACUGAUCGGGUCGGAUAUCCAUGUGAUGGCAUGCGGGUCUCCUAAGGUGGAUUUUUAUGGUAGGGAUUUUGGGUGGGGCAAGCCAAAGAAGAUUGAGGAAAUUGAGAUAGAUAGUACAAAGGCAAUUUCAUUGAGUGAGAGUAGAGAUGUCAAGGGUGGGAUUGAGAUUGGGUUAGUGUUGCCUAAGCUUCAAAUGGAUGCUUUUACUCUUUUGUUCAAGGAAGGUCUCAUGGCUUGUUAUUGAUUAAUUACUUUCUAUUAUGAGAAUAAUGACUGAGAUUAGUCACCCAAAAUUUAUAAGAGAAAUUUGUGAAAAUAGUUUUUUUUUAAGUA